GGCGGAGCCGGGGCCGAGGGUGCCGAGCGACCCGGCGGCUGCGCCCGAGACUCUGCAGCCGAAGCCCGUUUGGCGAGGCGGCCCGGCGAGGGAGCGCGCACGGAGCGCGGGACAGAGCGCAGGGCAGACGGACCCACGGACGGACGGACGCCCCCGCACACGCAGACGCGCAGAGCUCCGCGAGGUCCCCGUCACAUACACACAUUCACACACUCGCGCUGACACACAGGGACACACGCACACUCGCGCGCGCACAUCCUCCCGCCAGCCUGCCCGCCCGCUCGCCGGCGCCCGGAGCCCUCUGGCCGAGUGUUGUUUGCAACGAAGACCAAAAGCCAGAAGAGAAGGGAGCUGAGGACUAUGGGCAGCAAGAGGCCGACCUGUCACUACUAGCUGUGUGCCCUUGGGCAGGUCACUGGACUUCUCCGAAUCUCCAUUUCCUCAUCUGGAAACUACAAGGAGUGAGAGAGAGAGAACCACGCUGCUGAUGACUCCGAAGGAGGGGCCCUGGACAUGUGCUGCAGCGAGAGGCUGCCCGGUGUCCCCCAGCCGGUAGGGAUGGAGGUGCUGGACCAGGCCGAGGGGCCCGCGGCCUCACAGAGAGCGAUGCCACCGCCCCCACCUGCUUCACCGCCCUCAGAGCCAGCUCAGAAGCCGCCACCUCGAGGCGCCGGGAGCCACUCCCUCACUGCCAGAAGCAGCCUGUGCCUGUUGGCUGCCUCCCAGUUCCUGCUCGCCUGUGGGAUGCUCUGGCUCAGCGGCUUUGGCCCCAUCUGGACGCAGAACACCACAGACGUCGUCUCCUCCACGCUCACGUUCCUGGAGCGGCUGGGACCCUCGGCCUGGCUGGGCACUGGGACCUGGGACGUCCCCAGUCUGCUGCUGAUCUCUCUGUGUGUGAUCCUCGUCACCACCCUGGUGUGGCUCUUUCUGAGGGCUCCCCCAGAACCACCCAGCCCGCUGCCCCCCGAGGACAGGCGCCAGUCGGUAAGCCGUCAGCCCUCGUUCACCUACUCGGAGUGGAUGGAGGAGAAGGUCGAGGAUGACUUCCUGGAUCUGGACCCCGUCCCCGAGACCCCUGUGUUCGACUGCGUGAUGGACAUCAAGCUGGAGGCCGACCCCACCUCCCUGACCGUCAAGGCCAUGGGUCUGCAGGAGAGGAGGGGCUCCAACGUCUCCCUGACCCUGGACAUGUGCACGCCAGGCUGCAACGAGGAGGGCUUCGGCUAUCUCAUGUCCCCCCGUGAGGAGUCAGCCCGAGAAUACCUGCUCAGCGCCUCCCGCGUGCUCCAGGCCGAAGAGCUUCACGAGAAGGCCCUGGACCCCUUCCUGCUGCAGGCAGAAUUCUUUGAAAUCCCCAUGAAUUUUGUGGAUCCGAAAGAAUAUGACAUCCCUGGGCUGGUGCGGAAGAACCGAUAUAAAACCAUCCUUCCCAACCCUCACAGCAGAGUGUGUCUGACCUCACCAGACCCUGACGACCCUCUGAGUUCCUACAUCAACGCCAACUACAUUCGGGGCUACGGUGGGGAAGAGAAGGUGUACAUCGCCACUCAGGGACCCAUCGUCAGCACGGUCGGCGACUUCUGGCGCAUGGUGUGGCAGGAGCACACGCCCAUCAUCGUCAUGAUCACCAACAUCGAGGAGAUGAACGAGAAGUGCACCGAGUAUUGGCCGGAGGAGCAGGUGGUAUACGAUGGCGUGGAGAUCACCGUGCGGAAAGUCAUCCACACUGAGGAUUACCGGCUCCGACUCAUUGCCCUCAGGAGCGGGACGGAAGAGCGAGGCCUGAAGCAUUACUGGUUCACGUCCUGGCCCGACCAGAAGACCCCAGACCGCGCGCCCCCACUCCUGCACCUGGUGCGGGAGGUGGAGGAGGCGGCCCAGCAGGAGGGGCCCCGCUGCGCCCCCAUCGUGGUGCACUGCAGCGCAGGGAUUGGGAGGACCGGCUGCUUCAUCGCCACCAGCAUCUGCUGCCAGCAGCUGCGGCACGAGGGCGUGGUGGACAUCCUGAAGACCACGUGCCAGCUCCGUCAGGACAGGGGCGGGAUGAUCCAGACGUGCGAGCAGUACCAGUUCGUGCACCACGUCAUGAGCCUCUACGAGAAGCAGCUGUCCCGCCAGCCCCCGGAGUGACCACACGCCUCCCCGAGGUCCUCUGGUACCUCCCAGCCUGAGUCGGGGCCCUCCUCGCAGCCACACCCAGGACCCUGCCUCAGGUCCCGGCCUGCUCCCCGUCCCUCCCGCUUCCUCCUCUUCAGUUUGCUCCCCCUCCCCCGCUGCCUCGGCCGGACCCCUGCCCCCCCCAACAUAGCUCUUCCUACUGUACAUACUGGGGAGUGGGGAGGGUGGGGGAGGGGUGUGCCAGGCCAGGCCUGGGGCCCCAGGGCCUGACCCAAACCGCGUGACCUGGGGCCUCAGUUUUUAACGAUGGUUCCACUGCUACUUGAUCCAAAACGUUUCCCUGCUGCAACUCCACGUGUCCUGCCGCAGCGUGUUCUAUCCAUCGUCUCUGCUGUCUGUACCGAACACUGUGUCUCCUCAGCCCGGGAGAGGGGUCGUGAGCUCCAGCCCCCCCAGUGGCCCUGGCACAGGUGCCUGCCUCAGGCCCCCAGCCCCGCUUCUCCCAGUAGACAGGUUGCACUUUGCCCCUAGUUCCUGGAACCAGGAUGGGAAGGAAGGAAGGGCCUGAAGACCCCGGAAGUCAGGCACAGUUAAGUCCUGAGGGGUUGGCAGAAAGAUCGCAGCUGCGGAGAGGUCUCUGGAUGGGGUUGGGGGAGGAGGAUCGCAUCCAGGGGGAUCCCCAGGUAUCAGACGCCCUCAGCAGGCAGUGACUAGCCUGUGGGGCAAUGGUGAGAAAGGGGACACAUAGGGGAGAAUGAACCCAGGGGACCUGGGCCAUGCUGGGAGACGGGGAGCUCCGAGGGUAGGGUGGGAACUCGGCCCCAGAUCCGUGUGAAGCAUUUUUCUGUGUCGCUGUGGGAAACCCCUCCCAGAAGUCUCGCCGCGUGUAGCUCUGCGUGUGUCCCGUGUUCAUGCGUGUGUUGAGAGCCCGUCAGCAGGGCGUGCAUGACUCUUUGGCAACAUGUGUUAUCUUGGAGCCACGUGUUUUUAUUGGUGACUUUAAAUAUUUAUUCCACGGCAGACAGAGACAUUUGCUGUCUUUUUAUAAUUUGCUCAUGGUCAUUGAAUAGAGCAAUAAAUGGAGCAUUUUGAGCAAAAC